GAUGCCAUUUAUAGCUAAAAAGUUAACAGAAGGUUUCAAGGUUAUAAGUUCAGAGCUGCAUUCUAGCUAGCGAAGGUCAGUGAAAGUCAUCUACUGUCUAAGCUCCUGAACCUACAGCUGUGAUUCUACAAGCAUCCCAAGAGCCAAUACAUCAGAUCUCCCCCAGCCUGUCUGCAUGCAACCAUUACCUGUACCUGUACCUGAUUCAGAGUGUCCACGAUGACUGCCGUUGGCUUGAGUGAUUUCUUCCCUCCCACAGAUCGAGAGUUGGCCCUUCGUGGAGUGAUCCACACUGGUUGGUCGACAGUUGCUGCUAAGCAACCACGUCUUGAGGAGCACCAUCUUCCACCAGAGGAGUUAACCGUGAUAAAAGAUGUUCUUCAGCGAGCCGAGGCGAUGGAGAAAAUGGAGGAGAUUCGAGUGGGGAUAUUCAUGCUCAAGCACAAGCAGUUGGUAGAUAGUUGUCGUGGCGAUGGCGUCGGUUCGUGUCGUAUCUGUGGGAUCAACUUUUCGUCUCCAAAGGGCGACCAACAGAGGCCGUCCGGAGUGCAACUGUGUCACAUCUGUCAGAAGGGUGUGUGCCAGCGCUGCAAGUCAUUCAGUAAAUCUGGGAAGGGAGAUCUGCAGAUACUGUGUCAAGUGUGUGCCGAUCAAAAAGAGCUGUGGAAACGCAGUGGUGCUUGGCUGAACAAUGUCCUGCCUUCAGUUUCAUUCUCUGAUAACGAGCUUCUUAAAGUGCAGGAGCAACAGGAAGUGUCGCACAACAGAACCCUUACGCUGAGAAGUGUUGGCUCUCUGCCUCGUGCAUUCAUCAACCCCGCCCGGCUGGACUCGUCAGACGACACAGACGAAGACGAAAUUGAAGUACCCUCGAGUAUCGAACCACAACUUAACUUCACCGCUAAGCAACCAUCUGAAGGCUCUCCCCUCCCUUCUCUAAAUUUCAUGAAAGAACUUCAUCCCAGGAAAGAUAGUAGCCUGCCAGAAUCUACAGCUACUUUACCUCGAUCUUUCGGUACCACUAGCAAAGAAACGACGCCUGUGAUGAGAUCACAUUCGACCUCACAGCCGAGUCCUCCACGAAAAGAAAGCAGUCCGCCUCGUAGAACCAAGUCACAGGAUGAUGUGUCGAAGGAUGCUCACCGGGUCAGAAAGUUGGUGGAUGAAGAGUUCAGGCGUGGGAGUGAGGGUUCUUCAGGACGUGGGGUAUCGAGAAGAGCUGCGAUAUCAAGUAAGAACAAAUCCGGAAUGGAGGAGUCAAGGAGACGUGCUAAACUAAAGAGAGAUAGUCGUUCCCCAAGCAGUGCCUCAGGCAACGAGGGGACAGUGGGAGAUCGAAGCUCUUCGUGUAAAGAAGAGUCUACAGCCUCACCAUCACCAGUACAUGUACCAAGCCUCCCACAGAUUAAACUACGAAGACCAACGGACCCAGCUGUCGAACAGUUUUUCCCAGAGCCGCAAAACAUCGAAAAAGACAAUGUUUUUGAGAAAUCAACUGGAAACUCGAAGGGACCAACAAGUAGCCGCGAAGAGAACACUCCCACUAACACUCCAGUGAAGACAGACUUCAAAAAAGUCUCGGUGGUUGACAAAGCUGACUCGCUCAUCUACAGUACAGUCGAAUUUUCGAAAACUCCGAAAAAAACCGUAGAACUAUUCGCCAAAGUCACUCCGAAAAAGACGGCUACAAUUUCAGACAUUCCACGUGAUACCACAGUUGUCCACUACAGUCAGGUUGACUUCACAAAGACGAAGCCAAAGCCUGUCAUUAAAGAUGAUCCAGAACCAGAUGAGUUUGUCAAAGUUAAAACUGGAAAAGUUGCAACCGCAACCACUAUUACUGAUCCGAAAACACCUCGAAGAAUGACCACAAUCACAGAGGAAACUUCACCCCCAGUACCACGGCGACGAAGAGAGCCUCAGGCAGACACAGCUAAUCAAUCGCCAGUCGAUACAGAGACUAAUCCAAGAAUCCCCACCCGAUCUGCCAGCCUUAAAAAAAAGGAACUAUCUGAGAACGAAACACCACCCCCACUCUCCGCUAGGGUGGUUCCCCCCAUUCCUGCUGAGUCAGCAGAGACAACCAAACCCUCUACUGUACCUCGUACACUUCCCUCGGUUACAACUCCACCUACCACACCCCCAGUACCUCGAGCUAGGGGUCGCAAACCAAGUGACGAAACAAAACCUCCACUGCCUUUGAAGGAGAGUUCCUCUAAACGAACAGUACCACCGCUACCAUCAAAAGACAACACCACCGUACCCAGGCCUCCACUGCCACCCAAAGAGGAGAACUCUCCAAAGCCGCCUCUUCCAAUGAAAGAAGACACGCGAGCUUCUCCAAAGAUACCUCUCCCACCGUUACCUGCUAAAGAUGACUCACCUGGCAAACCCCCUCUUCCAGCAAAGGAUAAAGUGUUGGACAUGCCCCCACUCCCUCCAAAAGAGGACAGUUUUGAAAAGUUGAAUGUAAGCUCGCUGUCGAGAACUGGAAACACUCGAUCUACAAUCAGUAACAAAACUGUGAUGGGCAAUCUACUUGAGGAGAUUAGAAAGAAGCAAACAAGAGUACAACCCAUUUCACAAGAACCUGAGACAAAUACACAAGAACCAAGCAAAAUUGACCCUUCGAAAUUAUCCAGUUCAGACUUCUCUAGUCCUGAAGCAAAGAAGAGUCCUGGAAACUCACCUCUUCGAAGGCGAAACGCCGCUCGCACUACUAGGAUGAUGAAGAGUCGUCCAGAAAGCGGUGAAGACGCUACGAGCCUGUCGAUAGCUGGUGACGAUCUUCCUGAUGAGGAGAAUCAGUUCCAGUUCCGACGUCGAUCGAGUGCAGUGAGACGUGGUCGCCCCAGAGCCAUACAUUCAAUGCCAGAUACAACAACACCUGAGCCGCAGCUGCCAGAAAUGUCCCGAGCCCGUACCAGAUCCUCCGCUGUCAGUGGAAUGGAAAGACCAGUCAGGAGAGGGGGGCGCUCUCCUGACAUGAGACGUCCGAGUGGUGAGGAUGUGCCACGACCACAAAGCCACUCAGCUGCUCCUGAUGGGUUGUGUGGUUCUAUUGAGGUGUGUCUGCAGUAUGAGGAGACUAGCUCUACCCUCACAGUCACCGUGCUGAGAUGCAAGGGACUGAGACCAAUGGAUGCUAAUGGCUUCUCUGAUCCCUAUGUGAAUCUAUUCCUUGUUCCUGGCCACAAAAUGCAUGAUGUGCAAACCGAUAUCCAGUUCAAAACACUCAAUCCGGAAUAUGAGGAAAGUUUUACAUUUGAAAGAGUUAGCAAAGAAUCUCUAUCAGAAAGAAAGUUAUACAUGGUUGUCAUGGACUAUGACGAAUUCUCCAAGGAUGAUUUCAUUGGUGGGACUCGAGUGAAUCUGUACGAGCUGCUCGUUGCCCAAUCAAACUGCCUGACCAUCAGGAGGUUAUUGGAUGACAAAAAAGUGCCGAAUCAUCGCUUGAGGGAGAAACAACGUGGUAAGAUUGAACUGAUGAUGAAAUACUCCACCAAGACCGAGACCUUCACUGUGCACGUGAUCAAAGCCGACCAACUGUUGAACUAUGGAACCAAGGAGACGAACUGUGACCCCUUCGCCAAAUGCCACAUCCAAUGCAAAGGGAAGAUUCUUAAGAGAAAAACUAGCACAUGCUUGAAAACAAUCAACCCUGCAUUCAACGAGGAGCUGCACUUCAGUAUCAGGUUACAAGACCUUCCAUUCUGCCGUAUGACCAUAACCGUUAAAGACCACAAGAAACUAAAAAACAUAUUCUUAGGGGAAAUUCAUUUCGAUUCAAUCUCAUUUUGGAGAAACUUUAUGGCACAACCUGACCAAGACGUCUGGGAUUGGUACGAACUUAAAGCACCUGGAUCUCACAAAACACCGACUUAUGCCUAUGCGGGAGCUAGACGAUCCUCGAAUGUCAUUAGUCGUCAAGUGAAACAGCUGAUGCAGUCAGUACCACACUCCGGGGCACAUCGCCCUCGCUCGUCUAGUAUGUAUGCAACUCGUAUCGAUGUGGGAGGGGCCAAUAUGGAGAGGGAGGGGCUGUCGUCCAGGACUGAGGAAGGAAGCUCAAAAAAAACUAUGAGCAAAUAUCAGACACUGCCUGGAAGAAUUCGAAAUUGAUCUAUCAUUAUAAGACUUUCAUUUGUAUGUUUUAUUUUUUACUGUGUAAUUUAUCGUAUAAUUAUAAAUAA